AUGUUUGAUACGACUAAUCUUUCGCUUGAAGCUCGCACUAACUUGACUGCGCUUCUCCUCGGAGCCACCAUUGUGGUUGUUGGCGCCAUUUUUCGUAUACCCAGCUUUGUUGAAAACAACGCUCAACCGGUGUUUGGCCUUGCAUUCAUGUCCUCGUUGAUUUUCAAAUUUGGGAGCAUUCAUGCAUUUGUCAUGCACACGAUCUUCCCUGAUCAUGACGACUCCCAACCCAAGGAGACCAUGAACAAUCAAGAAGAACCCACCACCAAGAACGAAACCACUGCUGCUUUCGUCAGUCCUGCUGCCAAGGAAGCGUCCAUUCCAAAUCACGAUAUCCCUACUACCCAUUACCAACCCAACGACAUUAUGAAUCAACCCAUAAAGGAAGCCCCUGUCUACAAUAUUCCUGUUGCCAAGAAAGUGGUGUCUACCACUCCAAACAAACUUAUCAAGAAGGAGAAAAGAGAGGCGGCCAUCAAACGUGCUAAGGAGUCUAUGAAAAGAGACAAAGAGAGAGUCGAAGCCGUUCUUGCAAAAAAACAUAUCAGCUAG